AUUAUCAAUCAAUGUCACAUGGCUUUUACUUUUGGCAAUUUAAAAUUCUCUUGAAUUCUUAUGGAAAUGCUAAUGAGUGCGAACGGAAAAUCCUUAGAAUUUUCAAUCAUAAUUUUUCUAUUCAAUUUUUUCAUACAUGCCCUCAUCUCUUGACCUGCAUUGUUUCAUAUUCUAUAUUUAUCAUACUACAAUUUUGAUUAAUUCUAUGUGCCGGCCAGAGUGUCUCCCAGAUAAUAUCGUGACAAAUCCGUGCAUUAUUCAUUAAACAAUAGUUAUUAUUACUGUCUCAUCCCCUCUCUCUUUUCCAUUUUGCUGUUACUGCUCGAGUGUAAAGUCUCUCAUAUAAACUCCACACACGAAUACAAGGAAUCCGAUACAAUAUAACAUCAAUUAUUUGAAUAACAUAACCUCAUCCCACUAUCCACAAACGUCAGAUUGGCAAUAACAAAGAAAAAGUAUUGCUGGAUCAGGAAGACCUUCACAAUGAGUCACUCAAUUCUAAUGAAUAAAUUAUAGCAAAGUCGAUUGAAGAACGAAUGAGAUUCAAGUUCAGUUUGAUAAAAUGGAAAAAGAAAGGUUUACAAUGCUUCUCUUGGAGCCUGGAGAAAUAUUUUUCGAGGACUACAGUGUCCGGAUGAAGCUGCAAGGGGAUUCAGACAGCGAAAGGAACCAGUGGAUGGACGGUAGGUUGAAAUUGUGCUCCAAAUCCUUGGUGUUCGUCAACAAAGAUAUCAACUGGCCGCUCCUGAAGCUCCAGUUCAAGGAGGUCAUGUCAAUGGAAACUGCAUCUGUCAGAGAGAAUGGAAUAGGGGACGUAUUAUCAGCUGUUUGCAAACAAUACACGGAGAUGUUGAAGGGGAAUAUUUUAGAGCCUUACAAAUUUGUGCAUCAAAGUGCACGUUUCUACAUAUCAUUUAAUUACGCUAAUCUUGAAGACUGUCUCCCCCAGAUCAUGCAGCUAUUGAGAGCUGCAACAUUGCCUACUGCAGAACAUAAUGCGAUGAUAUCGACGAUAGUCCACUCGAGACAAUCGAGAUUUUCUUUUGACACCUCCUGGCUGGAGGAUCUGUAUGAAGAAAUAAUUUUGGAGGUUCAGGCGAAUAAAAUACAGCCACUAAUAGUCAAUCCUGGGAGAAUACUCUUGACUAAUUCAAGGAUUUACUUUCAACCGUAUAAUAAUCUCGAACAGCAUCCUGUUCUAAAGAUUAAUUUAAAAUCUGUCAAAAGUAUACUGAAACGUCGGUUCCUUUUGCGCCAAGUGGGACUGGAGAUAAAGUGGGUGAAAUUACCAGAGAAUAGAGUGGAAUGUUUGUUUUUAUCGGCAAAAAAUCAGGAUGAUCGUGACAGAUUGUACGACAGCUUGAUGAGGCAAUCGGUUUUACAAUUGGAGACUGUACCACAGAAUCAGAUGACUAUUCAGUGGCAGAAUGGGGGACUUUCGAAUUACGAUUAUCUUUUGUAUGUAAAUAGCCUGGCCGAUCGAACUUUUCACGAUUUAACGCAAUAUCCUGUGAUGCCUUGGAUUCUACAGGAUUACACAUCCUCAGAUCUAGAUCUGAAUGAUUCAAAAAUUUACAGAGACCUCACGAAACCAAUCGGGGCUUUAGAGCCCGACCGAUUAGAGCGUUUAAAGGAAAGAUAUCAGGAAAUGUCACACAACAAAUUUUUAUACGGCUCCCAUUACAGUGCCCCUGGUUUUGUAUUAUUCUAUUUAGUCCGGAAAUAUCCCCAGUAUAUGCUGUGCCUCCAAAACGGUAGAUUCGAUCAUCCCGACCGUAUGUUCAACAAUGUGGCUGACGUCUGGAAAAAUGUAUUGGCGAAUAUGUCUGACUUUAAGGAGCUCGUACCCGAGUUUUAUGAUACCUCCAAUGGUGGGGACUUCCUGGUGAACAAGUAUGGAAUUGAUUUCGGGUAUCGAUACAACGGGACCAAAGUUGCAGAUGUGCAAUUGCCACCGUGGGCCGAAGGGCCGGCUGACUUCGUCCAAAAAUUGAGGAAUGCUUUAGAGAGUGAUUACGUAUCACAGCAUCUCCACCAUUGGAUAGACCUCAUAUUCGGAUACAAACAGAGGGGAAUCGAAGCGGAAAAAUCUGAUAAUGUGUUUUUCCAUCUAUGUUACGAGGGAGCAGUGGAUUUAGAUACAAUCCAAGAUAUAAACGAUCGUCAUGGUAUGGAAGUGCAAAUUAUGGAAUUCGGGCAAAUUCCAAAACAAGUUUUUAUUUUGCCACAUCCGAGCCGAUUAGCCUCCACCGGGAAUUUAUCCAGUGUCAGUCCGUUGAGCUUGGUGAAUAAGGCGAGGACUGCGUUGAAAUUGAAGCAGUCAAUGGUUUUUCCUUUCCACAAAGAGACAAUAUCUGGAAUAAUCCAGAUGAAUGGCGAUGGAAAUAGUGUUGCUUCAGUCGGGCAUGACGGGGUUCUGAAAAUAUAUUCCUUGAUGAAUGAGAAAUUGACCAGAAGCAUUUCGCUUUCCAAUUUGCCACUGUCCUCAUGUAUUUUCUAUCAGACAAACAGUGGACAGAAUAUAUUGGUCGUUGGCUCUUGGGAUAACACUUUGAUUUUUUACGAUGUUGAGUUUGGGAGGAUAAUAGACGUCCUGCCAGGCCACGAGGAUGCAGUUUCAAGUUUAGCGUGGAGUCCCUCCCGAAAUAUUAUCGUAUCAGGAUCGUGGGAUUGCACUAUUAAAAUUUGGCACAGUUACAUUUCCGGAUCGAAAAUCAAGCUGCGGGAUAGCUUCAUGGCCCAAUUAGAUCACGAAUCGAAGAUCACGUGUUUAAGUAUUUCCAGACAUGAAAAAUUGUUGGCAUCUGGAACCGAAGAUGGAGAGAUCUGCGUCUGGAAUAUGGAGUCCUACGAUUUGGAGUUUUCUGUCAAAGGUCAUGGUGGAAAAGUAACUGCCACAACAUUCGACUCAGAGUGUAAAAAUAUCAUAGCCUGUACAAACGAUAGAACAAUCAAUGUCUUUGAUGCUAAGACGAGUACUCGGAUAUACAGUACGUUAUUGGAAGAUGAACCACUUGUUCUCAGUUGGUUGGGCUCAAUUUUACUCAUUGGUGAUGCCAAAGGCAAUAUUAAUCUGUGGGACUCUCAAGAAGCCACUUUCUUGUCGACGACACCCUGUCAUAAUGGACCAUUGACUGCAAUUACAACCACCACUGACAAUAAUAAAAUAAUAACCGGUGGUAACGAUCGAAGAAUAAUAGUUUGGGACUGUGAUUAGCAUUGGUAAUGGUUAAUUUUCUAUUUCAUAAUCUGCUUGUUGUUUAAAAAAUCUGAAGAAUCAAUAUGAAGUUACGAAUCUUGAGGUGAAAUUGGUUGAAAAAAAUAAAACGUAUUAUUUUUUACAAAA